AUGAGCGAAUUUUGGGAUAAAGAGUCCGUGUUAAGUCAAUCCACAGGUCUUUCUACCACACCGGAUGUCUACAGAACUCCUGAAGUAGCGAACAUCCAGGAAAUUGCGCGCGAGCUAACGCGCAUAACCACCCACAGUGGUUAUGGCUCGCCGUUCGGUGAUAUAACAGAUCCUGAACUAGACCCCUCAUCGCCCGAGUUCUCUUCCAUGAAGUGGGCGAAGAACAUGCAUCGUCUUAUGUCCAGUGAGACUGAAACCCACCCCGAGCGCUCUCUUGGUGUUUCCUUCCGUAACCUACAUGCAUUCGGUUACACAAUUGGUGAUGCAGGUUACCAGUUAACUACUGGCAACGUGCCUAUGACCCUUGUUCAAAAGAUCGUUGGAACCAUUACCUCUAGCAAGGAGCGAGUCGAAAUCCUACAUGAUAUGGACGGUGUUAUCAACGCUGGUGAGCUUUUGCUUGUUCUUGGGCGUCCUGGUUCCGGUUGCUCCACUUUCCUUCGUACUAUGGCACAGCAGACUUAUGGAUUCCACAUCGACGAACACACCGAAUUCAAUUACUCGGGUGUCGAUGCCGCGAGUAUUCCUAAGCAGUUCCGUGGUGAUGUCACUUAUUCUGCCGAGUCUGAGUUGCAUUUCCCCAACUUGACUGUCGGUGACACUUUGCUUUUCGCUGCUCGUAUGAAGACUCCUCACCAUCGUAUCAAUGGUGUGGAUCGCAUGACUUAUGCUAAGCACAUGCGUGAUGUGGUUAUGGCUACGUUUGGUCUCAGUCAUACCGUGAACACUCGUGUAGGUAACGACUUGAUUCGUGGUGUAUCUGGUGGUGAGCGUAAACGUGUUUCUAUUGCGGAGCUGGUGCUCUGCCAGUCUGUGUUCCAGUGUUGGGAUAACUCUACACGUGGUUUAGACUCUGCAACCGCCCUAGAAUUUGUCCGUUCGCUGCGAGUAUCAAGUGAUACAUUCAAGGCUACCGCUGCUGUUGCCGUUUACCAAGCUUCUGAUGAAAUGUACGACUUGUUUGAUAAAACAAUUGUGCUUUAUGAAGGAUAUCAGAUUUAUUAUGGCCCCGUUAGCAAAGCUCGUAAGUUCUUUUACGAUAUGGGAUGGCAGCCUAAACCUCGCCAGCCGACGCCUGAUUUCCUGACUUCACUUUCUCAGCCUAGCGAACGUGAAACCCGUCCUGGUUUUGAAGAAAAAGUGCCUCGUACUCCUCAGGAGUUCAAUGAGCGUUGGAGAGCAUCAGAUUUGUAUGCCGAGUUGCAACAGGAGAUGGAUCAGUUCGACAGUGACUAUCCUCCCGGUGGUGAACAUGCCCAGAAGUUCCACCAUGCUGCAACUCUUCGCAAGGAUAAGAGACUUCCUCAUCGUGCCGCUUACACUGUAGGCUGGUACGAACAGGUUCUUGGACUCACCUGGCGUGGUUUCAAACGUAUGAGGGGCGAUCCCACCAUGCCAAUUAUCCAGGUCUUUGGAAAUUUCGCCCUGGGUUUGAUUAUUUCUUCCAUGUUCUACAACUUGCAGCAAACAAGUGAGUCAUUCUAUCACAGAACGGCAGUUAUUUUCUUUUCUCUCUUGUUUAACGCCUUUUCAAGUGUCCUCGAAAUUUUCAACCUGUAUGAGAGUCGUGCUAUCGUUCAAAAGCAUCAUCAAUAUGCACUAUAUCAUCCAGCGUCUGAUGCUAUCGGGUCCAUUCUUACCGAUAUGCCAGUGAAGAUCGCUGUGGCUCUCAGUUUCAACAUUGUCAUGUAUUUCCUCCCGAAUUUGCGAAGAUCCCCUGGAAAUUUCUUCUUUUAUCUCUUUGCGAACUUCUUGGGUUCAUUGUUCAUGUCACAUUUGUUUCGUACCCUCGGUGCCAUGACCAAGACAUUGAUGGAGGCGAUGGUUCCCACCGAGCUGUUGCUUCUUGGCUUGGUUUUGUACACCGGAUUUGUGUUGCCCACUCGAAAUAUGCAUUUAUGGAGUCGCUGGAUGAACUAUGUUGAUCCGUUGGCUUACAUUUACGAGGCGCUCAUCACUAAUGAGUUUUCUAAUCGAAGGUUUACGUGCUCUCAGUAUCUUCCUAGUGGCCCUGGAUACGAAAAUGUUCCUUUAAGCGAAAAGGUAUGUGCUGUUAAUGGUGCCAAACAAGGUCAAGAUUAUGUUCAGGGCAGUGAUUAUAUCUGGGAGUCGUUCCGUUACAGAGAAUCUCAUCAAUGGCGUAACAUUGGUGUUAUCCUUGGCUGGAUCUUUUUCUUUUUGGGUACCUAUCUUGUGGCUGUGUGGCUUAACCCGGGUGCUCGUACUAAGGGUGAUAUGCUUAUCUUCCCACGCUCCGUUUUGCGCAAGAUGAAGAAACAAUGGAAGGCUGCUGGUUAUGAGGGUGCUCCCACUAAGCAGCUAGUUGAGGGUAACACUGGUGAUGAUGAUGUCGCGCUUGCUGGAUCGGAUGAUAUUUUCUGGUGGAAGGAUCUCUGCUACGAUAUCGAGAUCAAGGGCGAGCACCGACGUCUUUUGAAUCACGUUUCGGGUUGGGUGAAGCCAGGUACUUUGACUGCUCUCAUGGGUGCUUCCGGUGCUGGUAAAACCACACUCCUUGAUACUCUUGCCAAUCGUGUCACCAUGGGUGUAGUCACUGGUCAUGUUUUCGUUAAUGGUACACCGCGUGAUAACUCUUUCCAACGGUCGACCGGUUACGCCAUGCAGCAAGAUUUGCACUUGGAGACUUCUACUGUCCGUGAGUCGCUUGUUUUUGCUGCACUGAUGCGCCAGCCUUGGAAAGAUAGUUACGAGGAGAAGAUUGCCUACGUUGAUACAGUGCUGAAGGUUUUGGAGAUGGAGACUUAUGCUGAUGCAGUCGUUGGUGUCCCCGGCAGUGGUCUCAAUGUUGAACAGCGUAAGCGUUUGACUAUUGGAGUUGAGUUGGCUGCUAAACCUAAGCUGCUUUUGUUCUUGGAUGAGCCGACAUCCGGUUUGGACUCUCAGACAGCUUGGUCGGUUUGCCAACUGAUGAAGAAGCUGUCCAACGCAGGACAGGCCAUUCUGUGUACGAUUCACCAGCCUUCUGCGCUGUUGUUGCAACAGUUUGACCGUCUUUUGUUCUUGGCUCGCGGUGGACGGACCAUUUAUUUUGGUCCCAUCGGUGACAAUGCCGAAAAGCUUUGUGGCUACUUUGAAAAGUAUGAUGCAGACCCGUGCCCACCUGAGGCUAAUCCUGCUGAAUGGAUGUUGCAUGUUAUUGGUGCAGCUCCUGGUUCACAUGCCAAGCAUGACUACGCGGACGUGUGGCUGUGGUCUGAGGAGCGUCGGGCGAUGCGUGACGAAAUCAACGAGCUCAUUCGUCGCUUUGAUGCCAAGCAUGAAAAUCGCAAUGAGGAUAAGGAGGCACACCGUGAGUUUGCUGCACCUUUGUGGUACCAGUUUUACCAUCUUCUUAGACGCCAGUGGGCUAUGGAGUGGCGAUCACCCAUCUACCUCUGGUCGAAGUUUAUCCUCGCUGUGCUUGCCAGUCUGUUUAACGGUUUUACCUUUUUCAAGGCCGAUAACACUCUUCAAGGUAUGCAAAACCUUAUGUUCUCAAUUUUCAUGUUCACCACUAUCCAAACGACCCUUAUUUACCAGUAUCUUCCCUCGUUUGUCGCACAGCGUGCGCUUUACGAGACCCGUGAACGUCCUUCCAAGAUUGUGUCGUGGAAAGCCUUCACAACUAUGGUAGUUUUUGCGGAGAUUCCUUGGCAAGUGUGGACGGGUACUUUUGCCUUCCUCUGUUGGUAUUAUCCCACUGGCCUCUACAACAAUGCUAGUAGGGCCGGUCAGAUGACCGAACGUGGUGGUCUGACAUACUUUUAUGUGAUUCUUUACUACGUUUUUGCUCUGACCAUGGGCCAGUUGUGUGUUGCCGGCAUGGAAGACGAUAAUACCUCCGCUAACAUUGCCAUGUUGCUGUUCACUAUCUCGCUAAUGUUCUGUGGUGUCUUGUCUACUAAGGAUGCGAUGCCUGGAUUUUGGAAAUUCAUGUAUCGUGUCUCUCCAUUCACGUAUUGGGUUGGAGGCAUGUUGGCCGUGGGUAUUGCGAAUGCACCCGUGAACUGCGCGGACUACGAAAUGUUGAAGGUACCGGCUAUUGAUGGCCAGACCUGUGGUGACUAUCUGCAGAGCUUUGCCACCAGGAACCAUGGUAAUAUUGCCAAUCCUCUGUCAACUGGAGUCUGCAAUUACUGCAGAGUUGCUGAUACCAACAGCUAUUUGGCCAGCUUGAAUAUCAGUUAUCACCUGCGUUGGCGCAAUCUGGGCAUUUUCAUGGCAUACAUUGCUUUCAACAUGAUUGCAUCCGGAUUCAUUUACUGGCUUGCCCGUGUUCCCAAGUCUUCCUCUCGAGUCAAGGUGGUUCCUAUUGAGCCCGUUGACCAGGACGAGCAUCUUGAUGAGGAAAAAGCUGCUGGAAAAGAAGCACCCAAGGUCGUGCAGCUCCAAACCGGCAAGGACGCAGUUGCGAUCCAUCAUGCCUACCUUGCCAAAUUCCAAGGCACUAAUUCGUCUAAUUCGACUGUGAGUUCUGUGAGUGUUUGA